AUGAUGCAGACUAAAACACGUCCCAACCGUUCUAAGGCGGAGGCACUCACUGUGCUUUGCCUCCGCGAGUCAGUACUCCAAGCCUCUUUAACACCGCAACGUGCUACGACCCUUCAUCUUGGAUCUCACGAUGAUAUCCAACUCGUUGGUGAUGAGAUGAAUAUGGAUCAGGAAAUCAAGCAACGGCAUGUGUGA